CCUUCGACCUUGUUGUUGCCGUCUGACAAUCGAUUUUAUCCGACAAAAUAGAUCAUAUUUUCGACUUUGGAUCAAAAACAAACCGUCUGAAUGGUCUGAACUGAGGGAAAGGUAGAUCACAACACCGCUGUCAAGGCUUAGGCGUGAACAAACACGACUAAUUCGGCUGACAAAACAGAGAAAUUCGAUUCCUUUUUGGGUGUGGGAGGGCGCGAGUGGUCGCAGACGACAGAAAGUUGAAAGUUCGUGGGCAUAUCUGGACAACAGUCACCGUUAUGGCGGACGGAGACGAUCUAGAUUUCAACCCGUUCUUCCAGGCGUUACAGACAACAUUUAAGCAGCAGUACAGCAUAGCCAGACAUAAAUGCCACCUAGUGUGCAUCCCUGCUACUGACACACUACAGGGCAGGACCAUCAACCAGAGAUUUGUGGAGACUCAUAUUUUGAGGACAUCACCUUUUUUUCAAGGGCAGUACAUUAGUACAGACAAGGAUGGCAGUAAGACCAUUGCAGUGGAGGAGGGCAAUAUUGUCACAUUAGAAGGGUUUCAAGACGAAGCUGAAGUUAGAAUUUUGUCAGAGGAACUUGCUUAUAAUGAGGACUACAAACCAUACAAGAUUUUAGUCAUAGAAAGACCUUUAGAUGGGACAGUACAAGCAUCUGCUUCCAGAGCAAGAUCCCAGUCUAUGUUGGGAGAUGCACAAAGGAUUACCUAUCAAGAAAACCAUCAGUAUUUAUUUUCCUUUCCAGAAUGUAAAAAGGCUUUAGUUAGACUGGACAGGAACAUCACAGAGUUCACCAACAAUUACAUGAUAGUGACUGGAUAUCUGGACCAUGCAGUACAAAAACUACAGGGCAUCUGUCAGCAAGCAACUGAGGAUAUUCUGAAGCUGUGCAAAAGGGAAAGACAAAUUGACAGCAUUGCUCAAGCAGUAGAAAGUUAUGUAGUUGGAUCAGUCCACACUAAGAUGUGGCAGGCAGUCUGUCAGCAGUGUCAGAAGGAGGAAAGCCUUCUGCAGAAGAAACUGGAAGAACUCAGGGGGGUGACAGGAGAACAGUUGGGUGUGAAGGAGGCUUUCUGCUGCCCCCUACCUGGAGCAGUAGUGGAGUUGGCCACACUAGAUGGACUGAAAACACCGCUUGAGAAACUGUCCUGCUUGAAAAGAACAUUGGAUAGUGUGAAUGAAGAAGUAAACGCCCACCUCAGAGAGAACCAGGACCCCACCAGCGAUGACCUACCCUGUCUGGUGUCAGAUGACCUAAUUCUUCUACUGGUCCCUGUCCUUGUCCAGGCCAGGUGUCUUCACCUCCCCAGCAACGUCUUCUACAUCGAAAACUUACAGUGGUCACUGUCUUCCAAGGAUGACCUCGGUUUCAGUUUGGUGACCUUCAAGGCCUCGCUGGAGUACAUGAUGAGUGCAGACUUCAGCCAGCUUAGGGCCACCAUGAGUCCCACACAGAAGAACAACGAGAUCUCCAUCCCCGAGCUGAUGCAGGCUGCCCAGCACAUGACCCUCCAGCCCGGACCUGGGGAGUGGGAGGGGAGGGGGGCAGGGGCAGAGGCUGAGUCCCCGGGAAAGAUGACGUCAUUCGACAGGAAACUGGAGAGCAUCACCAGAAUGAUGGAGAGGAGUUCACAGGAGCUGGCAGCUGCUCCUAUGCCACUAAAAUCCAUCACAGGAGAGACUGGUGACCAGCAGAGAGCGGGAGGAAAGCGGGGUGAACAGGUUCCUGAUGUCAUUCCUCUCAGGAAGGCUGACAAGUCCGGACUGGGAGAUUUUCUGUCAUCAUUACAAGAUGAUUUUGGAUGUUCAUAUGGGAAGCAGACAUAAUGUUCCAUGGAUGCACAAUUUACAGGGCUUGAAGUACCAAAUGCAUAUG